CCCCUAGCCCCGCCCCCCUCAGCGCGCCGGCUCCGGGAACGUUCGGGCGGCGGCAGUUGGAGUCAAGGCGGCGGCGACAGUGACAGCGUCAACUUCUUCUCCUCACCAGCUCAGUCAGAAUCUAACACAACAAUGUCAACCAAAAAGAUCCAAGUUGGUUCUGUGGUGGAAAUGAAAGGAGAUGAGAUGACCAGAGUUAUAUGGGAACUGAUUAAAGAGAAGCUCCUCUUUCCUUAUUUAGAGAUUAAACUACACAGUUAUGACUUAGGAAUUGAACACCGUGAUGCUACCAAUGACCAGGUGACCAUUGAUGCUGCCGAUGCUAUAAAAAAAUAUAAUGUAGGAAUAAAAUGUGCCACCAUCACACCUGAUGAAAGCAGAGUGACGGAAUUUAAGCUAAAGAAUAUGUGGAAAUCGCCCAAUGGAACCAUCCGUAACAUCCUUGGUGGUACGGUGUUUCGAGAAGCAAUCAUCUGUAAGAACAUUCCUAAACUUGUACCUGGUUGGAUCAAGCCAAUCAUUAUUGGACGACAUGCAUAUGGUGACCAAUACAGAGCUACUGACUUUGUUGUACCUGGCCCUGGUAGAGUUGAAAUAAAAUACAUACCUGACAAAGGUGAACCUGUUACCUAUACUGUUCAUGAAUUCAAAGAUGGUGGAGGAGUUGCUCUGGGAAUGUACAACACAGACUGCUCUAUUACGGACUUUGCUCAUAGUUCUUUUCAACAAGCUCUUGCUAAAGGUUGGCCAUUAUACAUGAGCACAAAGAAUACUAUACUGAAGCGAUAUGAUGGACGAUUCAAGGACAUAUUCCAGGAAAUCUAUGACAAACAAUACAAAGCACAUUUUGAGGCUAAAGGAAUCUGGUAUGAGCACAGAUUGAUUGAUGACAUGGUAGCUCAAGCACUGAAAUCUGAGGGUGGUUUCAUAUGGGCCUGCAAGAAUUAUGAUGGCGAUGUGCAAUCUGACUCUAUUGCACAAGGAUAUGGGUCACUGGGAAUGAUGACAAGUGUAUUAAUUUGUCCUGAUGGUAAGACAGUAGAAUCGGAGGCCGCCCAUGGCACUGUAACACGUCAUUACCGAAUGCACCAACAGGGCAAGGAAACCUCAACUAAUCCCAUUGCCUCAAUCUUUGCUUGGUCUCGAGGAUUAUCCCAUAGAGCAAAGCUGGAUGACAAUUCUGCACUGAAGAACUUCUGUACCACAUUAGAGGAUGUAUGUGUAGAAACCAUCCAGUCUGGUUGUAUGACUAAAGAUUUGGCUGCAUGUAUCAAAGGUCUGCCAAAUGUGCAACGCUCGGAUUAUCUGAACACUUUCGAAUUCAUGGACAAACUUGCAGAAAAUCUCAAACAGAAGCAAUUGUCUUCACAUAAGCUUUAAAACUUGCUUCAUAUGCACUUUAAAAUGCACAUUGCAUUGUUAAUCAUGGUCACUUCAAUGUACUGAAUGAGUGUCCUAUCUCAAGUCAGAUCUUUCAUUAGAUUCUAAAUGUUAAAAUGGCACUUACAAAUUGUUAUAUUUAGUAGAUAACACUUGGAACGCAUCAUAUAAGUAUUGAGCUAAUGGAAAAGUUGCUGGAUUCGAUCAUGACUUGUUUUCAUUGAGAUUAAGCAUAAUACUAUGUAAUGUGUACAGCAAGAGAUUUUCACUACAAUUAACAAAAAGGGCACAUUAUAGUUAAUAACAAAGGAAAGAAUUAAUACCAAAAAAAAUCAGAUGUAAUGUAAUCUUCACUUUAUGUUAACUUUAUCAGUUUUUAAACAAAGGGAUAUAAUAUGAGCGGAGUACUUUAUUCAAGACUCUCUUUUUGGAAUAUUGGCCUUGGAGAUUUGAAUGACUAUUGAAAAAUCUUUACUGUCUGUGCUAAAGAAAAAUUGGAUUCCACUCCAAAAGUAGAUGAGAUUUGGUAAAUGUUGGGGGUAUGGAAGCAAAAUAUAGAACAACCAGGUGCCUGAAUUCUUGGGGACAUUCUGGAAUAUCUCCAAGAUUGUUUCAAAACCAAAGUACUUCAUUUACAUUCACUAAAAUGUUUUUGGUAUGGAAAUUAUAUGGUCAUAAAAUUUCUAUGUAAAGAUCAUGAGACUAAUGUUUCAAAGUGAGAGUAUCUAAAUUUUGGAGUAUUCUGCUUUUGUUUUGAUGACCAGGUCUAAUUUCAUGAUAAUUGAAUUUAUCUGAACUAAAGAAUAUAAUUAUUAAUAUAUAGUUUUACAUAAAUGCACAUUUAUAUAACUUGAUACAAAUUUCUUUCUACCUUAAUAAACUUAUACCACCUACC